AUUUUCUCACGCUACACAUACUUUGAAAAGGAAGUUGUAAUAGACAUGGCUAAGUUUGCUUCUAUCACCGCCCUUUUUUUCGCUACUCUAGUUCUCUUCGCUUGUCUUGAAACACCGACAAUGGUGGAAGCAAAGUUAUGCGAGAGGUCAAGUGGAACAUGGUCAGGAGUUUGUGGAAACAAUAAUGCAUGCAAGAAUCAGUGCAUUAACCUCGAGGGAGCACGACAUGGAUCUUGCAACUAUCGCUUCCCAUAUCACAGAUGCAUUUGCUACUUCCCAUGUUGAUCCAACCAAACUCUUUAAUUUGGUGCUCAGUGGUGUGCGUGUUUUACAUAAAAUAAUUGUCUGUGUCGCUCUACGAGUGACUUUAUGACAGGUGUGUUUGUGUUUUAAUGUUUGGUGUGGUUAUAGUAUAACCUUUUAUGUACGAAAUAAAAUAAGAUUGCCUCACUCCAUGAGUGACUUUAUGACAUGUGUA